GUCCAUGUUCCGGGUUGCGUUGUACGGCAUGGCUGAAGAGAAUACCUCACUGAAUGUUUGGCCUGAAAUAGAAAAGGCAGAAAAAGAAAACAGACGUGAGCUGGUACUUCAAGGAUCAGCUGUUGACCAAAAGAUCCAGGGUUGCGGCGGGAUUCACCCGCGACUUUAUUCCCUCGCGCUUUUAAACUACCUGGAGAUCAGUCAGUGUCCCAGUCUACAUGAGAUCAAUGAAAGCAUCAAAGAUCUGUCUCAUCUACAGAGUCUGAUCCUCUGCAGGAACAAACUCACGUCUGUUCCGAGAACCAUCGGUGAUCUGAAGACGAUCAAAGUCUUGGAUUUGUCUGUCAACCAGCUGCAGGUUUUGCCCGAGGAGAUCUGUGGGCUGAGCGAGCUCAACACUUUAAACGUAAGCUGUAACAGCAUCACGGCUCUGCCUGAGGGUCUCAGCAGGUGUGUGAAACUCGCCAGCAUCAAUGUAUCCAAAAAUGCGCUCUCACGGCUCCCUGAGGAUUUGUGGUCCUCCAAGCUGGAGCUUCUUAGCAGCAUCAUUGCAUCAGAAAACGUAAUAGAGGAUUUGAGCAGUGAGGUUCACAACUUGUCAGCUCUCAAGGUUUUGGAUCUCUCCAGCAACAAGCUCCAGGAGCUCCCAUCAGAGCUGGCCGAUUGCUCCAAGCUGAAGGAGAUCAAUUUUAAAGGCAACAAGCUGAAGGACAAGAGGCUUGAGAAGAUGGUGAAUGGCUGCCAGACCAAAUCUGUGUUGGACUACCUGAGGGCAGGCGGAAGGGGGAAAGGAAAAGGCAAGCAGCAGGAAGGAGAGGCAGGUGAGAAGGUGGAUGCCGGACGUAACGCCUCAAAGAAGAAAAGUGCUGGAAAGAAGAAGGGCAAAGGAGAAGUAGAAGAAGUGGAUGAGCUUAAUCGUAUGGUAGUGAGAGUUUUGCACCUGUCUGAAGCACCUACGGCUGUUACGGUGAAAGUUUCCCCAGGUGUCAAAGACGUACGCCCAUACAUUGUGUGUUGCAUUGUGAAGGGCAUGAAUCUCAGACAAGGGAAUGCCCUCAAAAGAUUUUUGGUUGCUCAGACCAAACUUCAUGAUGAGAUAUGUGCCAAAAGGACGACUGCAACUAUAGCGACUCAUGACCUCGGCUUGGUGAAAGCUCCUCUUUUGUAUGAUGUCAGACCGCCACAUACAAUGAGUAUAGUUCCUCUGGGUCGUAAGGAGAUCAAGGCAGCUGAUCUUCUGAAGCAACUCCAGCAGGAAGCAGAUGAGCAAAGGAAACAGAAAAAACGACAAAAUGUUUCAGGACUUCACAAAUACCUUCAACUCCUUGAUGGAAAGGAUCUUUAUCCCUGUCUGGUUGAUGCAGAAGAUCAUGUGAUCUCAUUCCCACCAAUCACAAACAGUGAUAAGACGAAGAUAAAGAAGACCACACGCGAGCUGUUCUUAGAAGUGACAAGCUCCACCAGUCUGCAGAUCUGUAAAGACGUCAUGGACACACUGAUAACAAAAAUGGCAGAGUUGAAUAAGUUAACCAUCGAGCAGAAGGAGGACGUGGGCUCUGAUGAAGAGGCGGAUGCGAUUCCAAGCUGUCCUGCAGAAGAUCCGCCAUCUUCUGAACUCACAGUUCUACAAGUGAAGGUCGUGGAUGUGGAUGGAAACCUUAAAGUGGUCUACCCAUCAAAAACUGACCUGAUUUCGGAUAACACUAAUCUAACAGUCAUCCGAUAACAAAAUUGCACUGUUUAGUUUCUUUUUUCUUGCUUCUUGCAAUGUAACAAAUCCAAACUUGUUCCAUAAAGUAUUGUCUGUCAUCAAACAUUUAAUUGUGAUACUGAAUGGUUCUCAUUUACUCCAUAAUAAAGUAUCUAUUACA